AUGGAUAUACGAUUGGUUAUUCGUCGAUCAAAUUAUCAGAAUGACCGAAUUUGGACAAAAAGUAUCGGCGAUAUUGAAGAAGAUAAACGUUAUCAUGAAAUGAUUAAAAGUCAAGCAUGUAUUGGGAUUUUUGUUAUAUUUACUGCUAAGAGGUUACAUUGGAUAAUCAAAGAUAAAGAUGAAUCUUGGACUGGUCAAUAUUUUCGUGAUAUAAUUUUAACUGAAAACGCAUUUCCGUUCUUAAAAAAUGAAGAAAAUGUUACUGAUUCUAAUGAAGUUAUAUUUGCCCAUGAUAAAGCACCAUGUAUGCGAGCAAAUCAGAAUCAACAUUUGCUUCAAGACAACGACGUUAAGUUUGGGGGUAAUGAUAUUUGA